UUGUUGUAGAUAUUGUCGUUGACUCGUCUGCUUCAAUUUCUCGCAUAUGUGGCGAUUUUGGAGAGUAUGUUCGAAAUAGUGUAGCAGGCAUUUGGUCAUGCAGUGAUGUGGAUUGCUGGGAAGAUAGUUCAAGACGUCGACGAGAAACACAUUCCAAUUCCGUGUUGUCAUCGAUAUGGGCAGACAAAUCGAACGUAGUUCUGAAGCCACCCUUGACGUUGUACACAAUAUAGAAUCAACCUUCCAACAAGACAAAGCAGCUGGAACUCUGCCCGGUGAGCUCUCUGCUAUCCAACAAGUCACUGUCAUCGUUAACGGCGGUUGGGGUGUAUGGUACGAGAGCACUGAAUGCAGUGAGUCAUGUGGUGGAGGUGUACUUGUAAUCAAAAGAGACUGUUCGAAUCCUAGUCCAGCCAAUGGUGGUUUAGACUGUGUGGGUGAAGACUCACGGGAGAUACCUUGCAACGAGCAUGCAUGUUCCGAUACACUAACUGGUGACCAAACCACAACAGAGGAUUCAGUCUCUACACAGUGGCGUCUACCACUGCUGAUGACAGUGCUUGUUCUUCUUGUCGUUUGUAUCAUAGCCAUAACGACUAUUAUGUUCCGUCGACGGAAAAAGAAAGCUCGGAAAACUGAAAUUAAACAAGCCAUAGUACGUGGUAGCAGAAUAUAUACAGAUGUAGAGGUCGCUUCAAGUUCAUUUUCUAACCCAACAUAUCAAGAAAAUGAGAGCUAA